ACCUUUAGUAUGAAGGAUAGAAUAUGACAGCAAACAGCAUCAAAGGGAUUGUUAAUAUCAGAUAAACAUCUUUAAUGUUUUCAGCAAAGCAAAAAGAAGUUAUCUUUUGCUGCAGCUCUUAGCAAUGGCAUCAAACCAGAAACUUAGAGAUCUCCAAUGGGUUUUAGAUGCAAUUGAAACUGAGAGCCUUAACCUUCACAAUGUCUCCUUCUACUUUUCUCAGCCAUCUUCAUGCUGUCACCAAGAAACAGAAAACUCCAUCAACAUUAACAUUUCCACAGACAGUCGUCAACUUUUCUCCUACAUUCUGAUAGUGCUAGGAACCUCCAAGAACACCCAGUUGUCUCUAAGGAACUUGGAGUUUCAUUUUGUUGAAUGGGAAUUAGAACAGGUACAGAGUCUAGGAGGGUUGCUAGACAGUAACUUAGGCAUCAAACAGGUUGUGUUCCGGGGAAACAGAUUCACUACAGAAUGUUUAUCGGAGCUUUCUGAGAUUCUGAAGAGAAAUGGAGGUAUCAAAGAGAUCACAUUUUCUGAGUCGGCUAUUAGAGCUGUUGGGGCGGGACUUGUAGCUUCAGCUGUCAAGGUGAACGAUAGCUUGGAAGAGUUACAGAUAUGGGAAGACUCAAUUGGAUCAAAAGGUGCAGAGGAGCUGUCAAAGAUGAUAGAAGCAAACUCAAUGCUGAAGCUCUUGACAAUUUUCGACUCGAGUUCAAUCACAGCAACCCCACUAAUAUCUGCUGUUUUAGCAAGAAACAGAGCUAUGGAAGUCCACGUUUGGAGUGGAGGCAAUGGAGAUAGAAUCUCCAAGGUGGUUGAGUUUGUACCUGAGAACAGCACACUUAGAAUUUACAGAAUAGACGUUUCAGGUGCUUGCCGAGUUGCUUGUGCUCUAGGCUUGAACUCAACUGUGAGGUCUCUUGAUCUGACUGGGGUACGGCUCAAAUCCAAGUGGGCUAAAGAAUUUCGGUGGGCAUUGGAACAGAAUCAAACCCUGAAAGAGGUGAAAUUAUCAAAAACUUGUCUUAAAGACAAGGGAGUUGUGUAUGUAGCAGCCGGACUUUUCAAGAACAGGAGCCUGGAAAGUUUAUACCUCGAUGGAAAUUGGUUCAGUGGAGGAGGCGUGGAACAUUUGCUCUGCCCUUUGAGCAGAUUCUCAGCCUUGCAACUGCAAGCUAACAUUACACUGAAAGCAGUAACCUUUGGAGGAAAAAGAACCAAAAUUGGAAGAGAUGGACUUUCAGCAAUCUUACAGAUGUUAGCAACAAAUGAAACUGUUAACCGGUUAGGGAUAUACGAUGAUGAGAGCAUGAGACCAGACGAUUUUGUCAGGAUUUUCAAGUGCUUGGAGAAAAAUGCCACUCUGAGAUGCUUAUCUUUACAGGGUUGCAAGGCGGUUCGAGGGGACAGGGUCUUGCAGGCGAUAAUGGAGACUUUACAGAUCAAUCCUUGGAUUGAAGAUAUUGAUCUUGCUCGAACACCCCUUCAGAAUUCUGGUAAAGCUGAUGGAGUUUAUCAAAGAUUAGGCCAGAAUGGGAAGACAGAACCUGAAACUGACAUACAAACUGACUUGCUCAAGGACAUGGCUCUCACAGAGCCUAAAAGCUGUAGGGUUUUCUUCUGUGGACAAGAAUAUGCUGGGAAGACAACACUUUGCAAUUCAAUAUCACAGAACUUCUCUUCUCCAAAGCUUCCUUACAUUGAGCAAGUCAGGACACUGGUGAACCCUGUUGAGCAAGCUGUGAGAACUACCGGUAUGAAGAUAAAGACAUUCAAAGACGAAGAUACAAACAUUUCCAUCUGGAAUCUUGCAGGGCAACAUGAAUUCUACUCCCUCCAUGACCUGAUGUUUCCGGGGCAUGGGAGUGGCUCAUUCUUCCUCAUCAUUUCAAGUUUGUUCAGAAAACCAAGCAACAGAGAACCAAAAACACCAGAAGAAGUAGAGGAGGACCUCCAGUACUGGCUCAGGUUCAUCGUCUCCAACUCAAAAAGAGCAGUCCAACAAUGCAUGCUACCCAAUGUAACCAUAGUCCUAACCCAUUUCGACAAUAUCAAUCAACCAUCUCAAAGUUUCCAGGCUACAGUGAAUGCAAUUCAAAGAUUGAGAGAUAAAUUUCAUGGAUUCGUCGAAUUCUAUCCUACUGUAUUCACAGUUGAUGCAAGAUCAUCAGCCUCAGUCAGUAAACUUACCAAUCACAUCAGGAGAACAACCAAGACUAUCCUUCAGAGAGUCCCUAAGGUUUAUCAGCUCUGCAAUGACCUCAUCCAGGUUCUAUCCGACUGGAGAUCGGAGAACUACAACAAACCGGCGAUGAAAUGGAAGGAAUUUUCCAAAGUCUGUCAAGGUAAAGUUCCAGUCUUGAGAAUCCGUUCCCGGAACGAUAACAAGGAGAGGGUGGAAUUGAGGAGGAAAGCUGUCGCUACCUGUCUUCAUCAAUUAGGGGAAGUGAUAUACUUUGAUGAACUGGGGUUUCUGAUUCUGGAUUGUGAGUGGUUCUGCGGCGAAGUUCUGGGUCAGCUGGUGAAGCUGGAAGUUCGGAGGCAGAGCCCCUCGGAGAAUGGGUUCAUCAGCCGGAAAGAGCUGGAGAAGAUUCUAAGAGGGAGUUUGCAGAGUCAGAUUCCGGGAAUGGGUUCGAAGGUAUUCGAGAACCUGGACGCCGGUGACCUUGUAAGAAUGAUGAUGAAACUGGAACUCUGCUACGAACAGGAUCCAUCGGACCCAAAUUCUCUCCUUUUGAUUCCUUCUAUUCUCGAAGAAGGCAGAGGGAGGCCGCAGAAGUGGCAGUUAAGCACCUCCGACUGCAUUUUCGCCGGCCGGCAUCUUGUUUGCGAUGAUUCCAGCCAUACUUUCCUAACGCCCGGCUUCUUCCCUCGUCUACAGGUACACUUACAUAACAGAAUCAUGGCAUUGAAGAAUCAACAUGGGGCAACUUAUACCCUUGAGAAGUACCUAAUCUCUAUAAACAUCAAUGGCAUCUAUGUCAGACUAGAGCUUGGAGGACAAUUGGGUUACUACAUUGAUGUCCUUGCCUGUUCCACAAAGAACCUGACUGAAACCCUCAGACUUAUCCAACAGCUAAUCAUUCCGGCAAUCCAGAGCCUCUGUAACGGUGUAACCUUGAUCGAGAAUGUCAUGAGACCAGAAUGUGUCCGGAAUCUGACUCCUCCAAGGUACAGGAAAACCCAGUUCGUUUCUCUCCAGCAACUAAAACAGGCUCUUCUUUCAAUUCCAGCUGAUGGAAUGUAUGAUUAUCAGCACACUUGGGAUUCAGUUUUAGAUUCAGGAAAACCUGUUUUACGAGCUGGGUUUGAUUUUGCCCGAGACCUCCUGUCGGAUGAUGAUUUCAGGGAAGUAUUGCACCGGAGAUAUCAUGACCUGUACAACCUUGCCCAGGAGCUGCAAGUGCCUGCGGAGAACAACCCUGAUGGAACUGAUCAUUCCUUGUCCACAGCAGAUGAAACUGAGAGGGUUGAGCCAACUUUUGGUGGAAUUGCUAAGGGAGUGGAAGCAGUUUUGCAGAGAUUAAAGAUUAUUGAACAAGAAAUCAGAGAUCUAAAGCAGGAGAUUCAAGGGCUGAGAUAUUAUGAGCAUAGGCUUCUAAUUGAGCUUUAUCGGAAAGUGAACUACCUUGUGAACUACAAUGUCCAGGUUGAAGAGAGGAAAGUACCUAACAUGUUCUAUUUUGUCAGAACAGAGAAUUACACAAGGAGAUUGGUCACCAACGUGAUUUCUGGCAUGACUGCGCUCCGGUUGCACAUGUUAUGUGAAUUCCGGCGAGAAAUGCACGUUGUUGAGGACCAGAUAGGUUGUGAAGUAAUGCAUAUUGACAACGCAACUGUGAAGAGCUUGGCUCCAUACAUGACAAAGUUCAUGAAGCUGGUAACAUUCGCUCUGAAAAUUGGAGCACAUUUAGCAACUGGGAUGGGGCAACUGAUACCGGAUUUGAGCAAGGAAGUUGCUCAUCUUGCUGAAUCUUCCAUGAUGAACGGGGCAGCUGGUGUAGUCGCUGCAGGGGCUGUUGGUGCCGUGGCAAUGGGAAGUGUAGAUGGAAUAAGAAACAGAGGCAGGAGAGGAGAUAUUCAACAGGAACUAAGGGCAGCACAACAAUGGAUUGUGGAUUUCUUGAGGGACCGGAGGUGCUCAACCGGGAGGGAUAUUGCAGAGAAGUUUGGAUUAUGGAGGGUGAGAUACAGGGAUGAUGGUCAUAUAGCAUGGAUCUGUAGGAGGCAUAUGACCAUAAGAGCAAAUGAAAUUAUACAAGUACCUAUUUAGGGUCAUUGUUUGGCUUCCAAGGAAUUAUUUUCUAGUGAAACAAACAGGAAGUAGAAGAGAAUUAUUUUCUGAGCAAAAUCAGCUUCUUAGUUUCUAAUGCUCUUCUGCAUGUAUCAAUUUCUCAUUUUGAAUCUAUUCUUGUCUUCCCUGGGUUUAAUGUUAAAACCAUAACUUUCUCCCUUAUUUCACAAGUUACUGAUCAUAAUUUGCAACAAUAAAUUCCCGUUAAACAA